AUGGGAAGAAAAAAUAGGGAUUUAUCAUAUUUAAAGCCAUUUUGUUUUUACUGUGAUAAAACAUUCAAAAAUGAAGUUUAUCUACAUCAGCACUAAAAGGCUAAGCACUUUACUUGUUAAAGGUGUUUUAAGAAGUUUUCAUCUUGUGAUUCUUUGAAAAAUCACGUUGAAUCUGCUCAUCAUGAAGUUUUAACGAAAAUACCAAAUGCUGCUGGAGACAGGAGUGAUAUAAAGAAUAAGAUUUUUGGAAUGCAAGGUGUCCCAAGAGUUGAGAUUGAAAAAAGAAUCAGAAAAGGAGCUGAGGAAUAUUGGACAAAGAUUCUAAGUGCGUAAUAUCAAUAGAGAAGGAAAGAAAACAAAUUAAGAAUUAAGCAAAAUAAAUUAGUAGCUAAAUAAGAGAAUGCACAGGACAUCAAACAAGAUGUAAUUUUAUUAAUUAACUAAUCAAGAAUGAAUAAGAAGAAAUCAAUUAAUAUGAAUAUAAUCCAGAAGCUAAACCAAUCAGCUUUGAUCUUGAUUUUGAUUAAUUACCAAAAUAAUGAGGUAUUUUAAUAAUGA